AUGUCGAGACAGUGGCAGACGGAGAGACCAAGAGCGACCACGAAGACGUCUUUGCUGGGGAACCCGAAGCUCACUCGCAAUGCUACGAAUGUAUCGGCCUUGAACGCAGCGAUUUGGGACAGUCCACGACAUGACGACGAUUCUACAAGCUCCUCUUCGGACAACGAGACGGAUGAUGAUGCGGAAGGAAAUAAGAAGCAUGGUCGACGAGGGCGAGGGAAAAAAGACAGAGGAUACUCUAGGUUCAAUGUCGGCAAUGAGAAUUUCCAUACCAGAGGCAGAGUGAGGAAGGAUGGCAGAUUGACUAUCUCCGUCAACGAGACCAACAAUCGCGGAUACCUAGCAAAAGCUCUAGGUGCGACAUUUGGGCAUUUUGGCCCCUUUGCAACGGAUGAGAUGGCUAGUGUCCAUCAACAUCAUCUAGGACGAGAACAGCCUUCAAGAGCUUCUUCAGAAUCAACGAUCACUUCAGAUAUCCCUCGACCGAGGCUCAAUAUCGUGGUUAUGGUCAUUGGAAGUCGUGGGGACAUCCAACCAUUCCUGAAAUUAGGGAAGAAUCUGAAGGAAUAUGGACACAGAGUUCGGAUUGCUACUCAUCCUGCCUUUAAGGAUUUUGUGCAGAAUGAUUCUGGAUUGGAGUUCUUUUCUGUGGGUGGUAAUCCGGCUGAGCUUAUGGCUUUCAUGGUUAAGAACCCGGGCAUGAUUCCUACUAUGGAUACGCUGAAGAAAGGAGAGGUUGGUCGUCGUCGAGAUCAAAUGGCAGAGAUGUUUGAGGGAUUUUGGAGAGCUUGCAUUAAUGCUACGGACGAUGAGAAGGAUGUCUCUAAUCUUAAGAUGAUGGGAGAGAAAGCUCCAUUCAUCGCAGAUGCUAUUAUUGCGAACCCGCCUUCAUUCGCCCAUAUUCAUUGUGCAGAACGACUUGGUAUCCCGCUACAUUUGAUGUUCACGUUUCCUUAUACUCCAACGCAGGCAUUUCCUCACCCUCUGGCGAAUGUCAAGAAGUCGAAUGUCGAUCCUGGAUAUGCAAACUUUAUGUCUUAUCCUCUAGUUGAGAUGAUGACUUGGCAAGGACUUGGUGAUUUGAUCAACAACUUUCGAGUUAAGACCUUAGGACUGGAGCCAGUGUCUACUUUAUGGGCACCAGGUCAACUAUACAGGUUGAAAGUUCCAUAUACGUACCUAUGGUCCCCGGGACUGAUUCCAAAGCCAAAAGACUGGGGACCAGAAAUCGAUAUUGCCGGAUUUGUCUUCCUCGAUCUUGCUUCUUCAUUCGAGCCCCCAGAAGACUUGGUAAAGUUCUUAGAUACCGGAGAGCCGCCUGUCUAUAUCGGCUUUGGUUCGAUUGUCGUUGACGACCCAGACAAGUUCACUAAGAUGAUAUUCGAAGCUGUUGAGAAAGCUGGCGUGAGAGCACUUGUAUCUAAAGGUUGGGGAGGCUUGGGAGACGACGAUAAUACCCCUGACAAUAUUUACAUGCUUGAGAAUACGCCUCACGACUGGCUAUUCCCGAAGGUCUCAGCAGUUGUUCAUCAUGGCGGAGCAGGAACGACUGCAAUUGGACUAAAAUGUGGCAAACCAACCAUGAUCGUACCGUUCUUUGGAGAUCAACAAUUCUGGGGAGCUAUGAUCGGAGAGGCAGGCGCCGGCGCAAAACCAAUUCCCUACAAGAGUCUGACAGCAGAUAAGCUAGCAGAGGGCAUCAAGCAAUGUUUGACUGACGAAGCGCGAAAGGCUGCGGAGAAGAUCGCCAGCGAUAUCGAGGCAGAAGGUGAUGGAGCGAAGAACGCUGUCAUUUCUUUUCAUCGAAGUCUGGUACUCAGAGGACAACAGUCUAUGCGGUGCUCCAUGCUGGAGGAUCGAGUAGCAGUCUGGAAUUUAAAAAACACGAGUUUACGACUGAGUGCACUUGCUGCAGAAUUGCUCGUGGAAAAGAAGAAGAUUACAUGGAAGCAAUUACGACUAAUACGACAUAAUGAAUGGAAUGACUUUGAAGGACCUGGGGAGCCUCUUACUGGUGGAGCAACGGCUAUCAUGGGUACUGUCACCGGAAUUGCAACUGGCAUUGGAAGUGUACCAUUCAAGAUUGCGAAAAGUUCGAAAAAGCGUGCUAGACAUGAAGAGAAGAAGCAACGCAAGUCUCAAGAAGCUAGCCGGAGAAGAAGUGGCGAGAAGAUGGACAAUGGCAAACAACAUCAAGAUGACAAGCAGAACGGAAAGCCUAUAAGUGGGAACAGCCAGGAUCAGACUGAUAGUACUCAAGACAAAGAGCAAAAAGUAUCACAUAGACCUGAUAUUUCGACUACACGCUCACGAGGAACUGGUAGUGCUGCGAGCGAUCCGGGGAUGGGCAAGCAUACUAUACAAGGCGAACCUGUCCAGCAAAAGCACGAUGCGGAGAAUGAACACAAACAGCGCGAUAACGACGACGACGAUGAUGAUUCGGAAUUAUCUGACGACCCAGAAGAAAAUGCCAUAGAAGAAAUGGCUCACAAUGUUGGGUCAGGCGUAGGCAAAACCGCCGAAGCUAUUGCUCGUAGUCCCAUGGACCUGAGCCUUGCCAUUGCUCAAGGCUUCCACAAUGCACCAAGGCUCUAUGGUGACUCAACUGUGAGAAGGCCCACACGGAUAACUGGAGUCAAAUCUGGAUUCAAAGCAGCGGGUGAAGAGUUCGCAUUUGGUAUUUACGAUGGCGUUACAGGAAUCGUCAGGCAACCAUACACCGGUGCUCGCGACAAUGGCGCCUUCGGAUUUGUGAAAGGUGUAGGCAUGGGUCUAACUGGAUUUGUGCUUAAAGAUCUAGCAGCCAUCAUCGGACCAGUUGGCUAUACAUUCAAGGGGUUUCAUAAGCAGCUACUAAAGCACAAGCAACCAACGAACUUCAUUAGAAAGGCAAGAAUUCUAGAAGGUCAGCGAGAUCUGAAUGAACUCGACGAGAAAGCACAGAAGGAGGUAAUGGACGCUGUCUGCCAUGGCUGGUCAGUGGUCCAACAGAUCUGGGCGGUCAUGGAAGAAGAGAAGCGCGCUUCGGGCUUGGGAGGCAGACUACGGGUGAUGAGGGAACGAAAGACAUGGAGAGCAAAUGGAGCUUUCGAGAACGUCACGAUGGCCGAGCGAGCUUUGGAAGCUAAGCGGAAUGGCGAGAGUCUAGAAGGAGUCUUUGCUCAGCAAAGAGUAGAGCUCGCUAAUUCGCAGAGGCCGCGAAAGAACGUGGUGAAGGAUCUAGAGCAAGGCAAUGGGAAUGAGGUUGAUGCUGAUGCACAGCAUAUACAGAAGAAUGGGAAGGCGAGAGCACCGACUAAGGAGACACCUGACAUCCUUGGACGAGCCUGA